AGAUAAAAAAAUAUAUGGGCAUUUGUGUUAUUUCAGAAAAUGGAAGACGACUUUCAGCCACUAGAGCCAACCCUUCAGAACAUUCUAGAUGCUAAGUCAUUAAGAUGGGUGUUUGUUGGUGGUAAGGGGGGAGUAGGAAAGACGACCUCUAGUUGUAGUCUGGCUGUUCAACUCUCAAAGGUCCGAGAAACAGUUUUAAUUAUCUCCACCGACCCUGCUCACAAUAUCUCAGAUGCAUUUAGCCAGAAAUUUACUAAGGUGCCGACAAAAGUCAAUGGUUUUGAGAAUCUAUUUGCAAUGGAGGUUGACCCAAAUAUAGGGUUUGCUGAACUACCUGAGGAGUAUUUUACAGGAGUUGGUGAAAGUGAGGCUUGGAAGAGUAGUAAAGGUGUUAUCCAGGAACUUUUGGGAGCCUUCCCUGGUAUUGACGAGGCAAUGAGCUACGCUGAAGUAAUGAAGCUCGUGAAAAAAAUGGAUUUUUCAGUUGUCGUCUUCGAUACAGCACCAACUGGGCAUACACUAAGGUUAUUAUCGUUCCCUGCAGUUGUUGAGAAAGGAUUAGGGAAGCUGCUUAAGUUAAAGAAUCAGAUGGGACCAAUGAUAUCCAACAUGGCAAGAAUGUUUGGUGGUGCAGAUGGCGGGUUUAACCCUGACAUGUUGUCUGGUAGAUUAGAGGAGAUGCUGCCAGUUAUUCAACAGGUAAACGCUCAAUUCCGUGAUCCCGCUGCAACUACAUUUGUUUGUGUUUGUAUUGCAGAGUUUCUCUCUUUGUAUGAAACUGAGAGGUUAAUUCAAGAGCUUACGAAGACGGGAAUAGACACGCAUAAUAUAAUAGUGAAUCAACUGUUAAUCCAAAAGCCCGGAGAGAAGCCCUGCUCUAUGUGUGAGGCCAGGUGCAGGAUUCAAGGCAAAUAUUUGGAUCAGAUAGCAGAUCUUUACGAGGAUUUCCACGUGGUAAAGCUGCCCCUGCUGGAGAAGGAAGUGAGAGGAGUGGAAGCUGUCAAAUCUUUCUCAGAAAAUCUUCUUGUUCCAUAUGUUCCAAAAUAAACCUCUUGUUCUCUACGUUCCGAAAAAAAACCUCUUGUUCCAUGUUUAUGUGCAUACAGGCUGUUUAAAAGCUUGGUAGAAAAAAAACUUUAAAUCGUCUCCAUUGUAUUCAUAUAUAUGACGUCGACUGUAUUAUUUUCAGGUUGUUUCUUUGUUCUUUAUGAAUUUUCCAUUUUUUGUUUGCUAAAGGGUUUUAAUACUUAAUGAAGUAUCUUGCACUGAAAUUGUAAAUUUGAUAUUUAUUAUAUGAUUUGAAUAAAAUAUGAAAUAAUUA